GACUCAGGUUGGGGACGAGAGAGGAUACGGGAGCGCGUGGAGUAUGUAGCUGGGGAAUGUUUUCGGUCCGUGUUUUCGUCUAGGAUUUCACCACGCUCGCCAGUGAGAGUCGUCUGCGGCAUUAUGUAUCGUUGAGGAUGUCGACGUUCGGAUGCACUAUGAUAAUCAGACAAACCUGGCGACGCUGUUUGAAGAUCUUAGUCGGAUUCCUUCUUUUCAUCGUGUGUGUCAGGUUCUCUGUUCAACCACCAUGCAUACUUGGCUUCAUCCCACUCCGGACGUUUCCGCUAUUUGACGGAGAUGUACGAGUACCACCCGAUGUCACGGUGGUCACCGCCUACCUCAACCUCGGCCGUUUCAACAAGGGGGACCGAGGAACCGUGUUCGGUCCCACGUUGUAUCUGGAGUGGGCCACUGUGUACGAGCAUCUAAGGAACCCUCUGGUUGUGUACACCGACUCGGACCAGUUUGUCCGUCUGUUCACGGACAUGCGACAACACUUGAUGAACAUUACAAAAAUCAUCAAAAUUGAGAAAAAACAAUUAUGGGCGUUUGACCAUUUGGACAAAGUCCGUAACAUAUACUCUGACCCGAAGUAUCCAAAAUACCAACCCAAUACAGUGGUUCCAGAAUAUCCAUGUGUUCAAAAUGCAAAAUACUCGUGUGUUGAGAAAGCUAUAGAGAGUGACUUCUUCCAUACCAAAUAUUACAUGUGGGUUGAUGUUGGUUACUUCCGGUUAAUCACAAGCAGAAAAAGGGACUUCCGGUUGACACUUCCACGGAACUUUGACGAGAAGAAAAUAGCUCUCAAUCAAGUCAAUCUAGACUAUUCAAUGGAGGAACGGCCAGAAGAUAUUUUUAAAAUAUAUGUACGUGUGGGUUGGAGGGGGUCUUUCUGUCGCUGAGAAAGGCGUGUUUCGCCAGUUCAUUAAGGAUUACAGAAAGGCCGUGGAGCAUUAUUUGGACCUGAAUCUGAGCAACUCGGACCAGCAAGUUCUGUUUGCAAUGUCAACAAAGGCGGAACGUGCUAAACUGAAACUGACAGUACAGAUCAACCCUACGUCUGGGACGUCUGGGGCAGCUGCUGGUACUACCUCGGCUACCAGUGCUACAGGGAGGUUUGACGACAUCAUUGUGUAGGACACUUCCAUGCAUCACACACACCUAUGCCUGAUAUCCAUGCUCCUGUCAACCAAGAAUUUUCCCCGAUGUAUCCAACGCCCUUGUGUAUCGAUCACCUUGAUGUAUCGAACACCCGGUUGUAUCGAUCACCUUGAUGUAUCGAACACCCUGGUGUAUCGAACACGUGUACGUCAGUUCAGUGUUGACCCUAUCACAAAGUGUAUAAACCAGGGGUUUACACAGCAAAGUGCUUGUUCAAUUCUACUUAUCAGGAAGUGAAGGCCACCGUACAGGGCUUUAAACAUGUACAAAAUCUACAAAGUUGUAUUCUGCUGUUCUGGUCCAGGAGAAUACUUCAUCUCUCAUAAAUGAUCUUAUAAAGACAGACUUGAUGAUCAAAUGACA